GUUUAUUUUGUUUUUCUCCUCCCCCUUUCUCUUCUCUUCCUUGCCCUCAAAACCCCUACAUUCUCCUUUUUCACUUUCUAACGCCGACCUACACAAACGCAUAUCAUGAAAUUCUCUGCACUUGCCGCUGCAUGUGUCGGUGCUAUGGUCGCCGCACCGACGCUGGCCCUGGAUAACAUCGUUAUCAAGGGCAGCAAAUUCUUUAACGAAAAGACUGGCGAGCAGUUCUUCUUUAAGGGUGUUGCCUAUCAGCCGCGUUCUGGCGUGAGCGGCGAUUUGGACCCGCUGGCCGACCCGAUUGGCUGCAAGCGUGACAUCGCCGUGUUCAAAGAGCUGGGUCUGAACUCUAUCCGCGUGUACGAGGUCGACUACAGCAAGGACCACGACGAGUGUAUGAAAAUGCUGGAGGAUGCUGGCAUCUAUCUGGUGCUCGACAUGCCGUCGCCCAAGUACGCUAUUAACCGUAAAGCCCCGUACUGGGACGAGGAGAUCAUGGGCGAGUGGAAGAAGAAGGUUGAUGCCUUCUCCAAGUACUCCAACCUGCUGGCCUGGAUUGCCGGUAACGAGGUCACCAAUGACAAGGACACCACCCCUGCGUCGGCAUUCGUCAAGGCUGCUAUCCGUGACAUGAAGGCGUACAUCAAGUCCAAGGGACAUUCUACUCCAGUCGGCUACGCCGAUAACGAUGACAUGAACAUCCGUAUGAACCUUAUCGAUUACUUCAACUGCGGUGACGAGAAGUCGCGCGCCGACUUCUAUGGCAUUAACAUCUACAGAUGGUGUGGCGACAAGACGACGUUCAAGACGUCGGGCUAUGAGGAUGUGACCAAGAACAUGACUGAUUACUCGAUCCCCUCGCUCCUGACCGAGUUCGGCUGCAACAAGGUUCGCCCCCGCACGUUCCCUGAGCUCAAGAGUCUCUACGGCCCUGACAUGAACACCAUCUUCUCUGGCGGCAUUAUGUACGAGUACUCCGAGGAGGAUAAUGACUACGGAAUUGUGUCGGUCUCGUACGGUGACUCCAAGCUGACCAAGACUGGCGAUUACGAGAACCUGAAGAAGGCCCUGGCUGCGGCCAAGCCCAAGGGUGUCAAGAUGAGCGACUACAAGCCCGCUACUAAGGAGAGCACCUGCCCGACCCUUGGUCCCAACUGGCACAUCAAGUCGGAUGUCCUUCCGCCAACCCCGUCGACUGCCCGCUGCUCAUGCAUGAUGGAUUCUCUGAGCUGCACCCUUGCUAGCACCACCCUCACCAAGGAUGAGGGCACCUCUCUGGGUGAUGCCAUGGGCUACAUCUGCGGCCAGACCUCGUGCGAUGGUGUGAGCCACAACACCACCAAGGGCUUCUAUGGCGACUACUCGGCUUGCUCCUCUGCCCACCGCUCGGCAUGGGUUCUUAACGAGAACUUCAGCAAGAGCAAGAAGUGCGACAUUGAUGGCGUCAAGACCACCACCGUCAAGUCCCCGAAGCAGAAGGACCAGGGCUCGUGCCUCAAGCAGAAGGACGACCUGAACAAUGAUGGUGCUACUAGCAGCGGCUCGGGCUCGAGCAGCAAGUCGCCGUCCUCGUCCUCCUCGUCCUCGUCGUCUGGCAAGUCGUCAGCUAACGGGAACGCUGCUAGCGCUGUGGUCUCGGUGCAGCUUUUCUCGUCUGCCAUGGCUGUUGCUGCGCUUUUUGCGCUCUUCUAAGGACUCCAUAUCCAUUUUAUGAGCUCUACAAACACUACUCCUCACAACUCUCCGUUCUUUCGAAAUCUAAAAUUUUUCCGUUUACGCAAAUAUGACAUGACAGUUUUCUAAA